AUGUCAUCAAUUGAAAAAAUUAAAGUUGAUAAUAAUUUUAAAAUAUUUCAAGAUAUAAUUGAUUUUGAAAUUUUAAAAUUAAUUAUUGAUUAUUUAUUAAAAAGUAAUAAAAAUAAAAAUAAUAACCAAUUUAAAUUUAUUAAAUUUUUUAAAAAUAGAAACGAAUUAUUAAAUUAUAUAUUAGUUUCAAAAAAAUGGUUUAAUUUUAUAUCAUUAAUAAUUUCAAAUAAUAUUAUUAAUAAUAAAUCAUUUAAACAUUGGUUAAAAAUUAAUUAUUUUAAAGAAUCAUUCCUUAAUAAAAAUGAUAUUAUAUAUAAUAAAGAAGAAAAUCAGUAUAAUAAAAAUAAUAUAUUUAAUUCAACAUUUGAAGAUGGUAGAAGGAAAUUAUAUAAAAUUAAUUAUAAUAAUGAAUUUUCAAUAAUUAAAAUUAAAGAAUCGAUAAUUAAUGAUUAUUUUAGUUUGAAUUUAUUUUUUCAUAAUAUUACAAUUGAUGAUUUUAAGGCGAUUCAUAAUCAGUUUGAAAAUGGUCAAUUAAUUUAUAAUAGAAUUUUAGUUAAUUUCGAAGUAUUAGAUUAUGAUGAAAAUGGGGACAAAAAACAAGAUAUUUUAUUUGAAAUAUUUAAAUAUGUAUCAACAAUGACGAAAGAACAAAAAGAUAAACUAUACAAGUUAUUUGAAAUUUUAGAAUUAAAUAUUAGAGAGAUGGAAAUUAGAAAUGAGCUUCUUGAAGAUACCAUUAAUGGUAUUAAAAAUAUUAUAAAUAAAAGCUAUAAUAAUCAUCAAACAGAAUUAAGUUUUAAUAAUAUAGUUAUUAAUGGACCUAGAAGUGAAAAUGAUUAUGAUGAGGAUUCAUUCGAGGUAUUAAAUUAUUUCAAAUUUAAAAAUAUAAAUUUUAUUAAUUGUAGUUUAGAAACACAUGUCAAUUAUUCAACAUUAUUCAAUCCAGUUUAUUCAGGCCAACAAGUUGAAUCAAUUAAAGUAUAUAGUGGUGAUAUUGAUUUCGUUGAACCUCGUAAUUUAAUAAAAGUGGGUGAAUUUCAAAAUUUACAUACAAUCAAAAUACCAAUUAAACCAGUUUCAAUAUUAUCAGAUAUAUUUAAUGAAAUUGGAACUAAUUCAUUUAAUUUUGAAUAUCAUUCAGAAAAUGUAAACUCCAAUUUAAAAGAAAUGGUUAAUUCAUUAAUUUCAAGUAAAUCUUUAAAAUUUUUAAAUAUAACAUUAUGUAAUGAAAAUAUUGAAGAUAUAAUUAAAUUCCAUUAUUAUAGACAGCAUGGUGAUAGUGGUUCAUAUGAUUACUAUAAUGAUGAAAAAAAUAAAAAUUUAAUUAAAACCAUAAAUCAAAGUAAAGAAAUGUUUUCAAAUUAUUUUAAACCACUAUUUUCAGAAUUAAAUACAUCAAUUGAAAGAAUAAAAUUAGACUGUCAUGGUUUAUUUAAUAUCAAUACAUUUUCGAAUUUAUUAAAAAAUAAAUCACUUAAAUAUUUAAUUUUAACUGAUAGUGAUUUUAUUUUUUAUUCUUAUAAUAAACAAUAUCAACCACCGCCACCAAUACCAACGAAAAAAAAUACGUUUAAUACUUAUUUAAAUAAUGAUGAAUUUCAUUACGAACGAAUUUCAAUUAAUCAAUAUUUAUUUGAAAAUAUAUUUUCUUCACCAUUAACAUCAAUUAGACAUUAUAAAAGUAAAAUUAAAGAAUUAGAUGAAUUAAAAUCAAUAUUUAAAUUAAUUUUAAAUAAUAUUUUUAAUUUACAAUUAUAUUCAAUAGUAUUAUAUAUCAAAAAUACUAAAAUACCAAUUAAUGAUUUUAAAAAUGAAUAUGAUAAUUUAAUAAAUAAUAUUAUAAUUCAAACGCAACAACAAAAACCAACAAAUAUCAACAUAAAUUUGAAAGAAAUCAAAGUUAAUUUGGGAUUUCAAAAAAAUUUUAAAAAAUACAUACUCACCAAUUAA